UCGGCGCAGGCUACGACUACGACAACGCGUCCAAUGACCACAGGCUCGCAGGCAUCCUCUGCAUCGGCUUCACGCACUGCAACCAGCGGCGCGUCCGUGGCCGGCUCCAGCACAAUGGGCCUCGCAGUCGUUGCUCUUUUCGCAUUCUGCUACAUGUUCUAAGCUGCCCACAACCAGCAGCAUGACGGUCAUACACCUGCUGCGCUUGGUGUUUCUCUUCAUCCCUUCAACGUCACUGGCUUGGCAAUCUGUGCCGUAGAUUCGGCCAAUCCCUAAUGUAGUCAUUCGUUAUUAUCGUGCUAUCCAAUCCUGACGCAUCUUGCUAUCUUCGUAUUGCCUCACGGACACGCUCCUCGUCCUCAGACAUGCCCGAUGCAAGCUGCGCCGUAUCCACACCGCGCUGCCGUAGCCCUUCGCGACGCAAGUCAACACUGCCGCCAUCCAAUCGUCGCUUCUCAGCCACAUUCAUCUUGGCAGCGUGGAUCGAACUGCGCGUAUAUGCAAAGACAAUGCAGGCCAUGGUGAAGGCUGCGAUAGGUGCCGUCAGUGUGCGUGCAUUGAACUUGGCCAUAGCAAGAGACGCUGCUGCUGCUGUUGAUGAUGAUGAUUCUUGCAGCAAUGGAUCCUCAACUAGGUUUUGUAUAAAAGUGUCGCGCAAACACAGCGUGUCGUCAUGUGCAAGCCCACGAUUCAACGAUCAAGUGAACAGUGCCUGGUAAUCAUUGCUACAGCUCUCUUCUCAUCAAUUAUCACUGGCGAGCAUCUUUUUAGUAUCGAGCCACUCAUCAUCCAGCCUAUGCGGACAGCACCCGCCAUGAUAAGGGCGUGACCAGGCACUCCAGACCUGCGAUCAAAAUCGACAGAAUCGAGUUGGUAUACAUGGUCUGUAACGACUGAGUUGAGGGCGACAAGGCUAAGAAGGCCACAACUUCGGCACAACUGAAGCUUCCUGCGUCAUUCUCGCUAGAGACGAGCGCUACUUAUGCAACG